ACUGUAGUAAUGAAACCAUGGAUGUUGGAAAUUCUUCCACGGAGAAAAGGCCAAUUUGGUAUGUGUUCUCUGGAAUGGGCUCCCAGUGGUACAAAAUGGGCCGAGAUUUGAUGCAGUUGGACAACUUCAAGCACUCCAUCAUGAAGUGUCACAUAGCAUUAAAGCCUUAUGGAAUCGACCUUUUCAAGAUUUUAAUGGAAGAUGAUGAAAAUGUCUUCAAUGAUACAAUACACUCUUUUGUUGGAAUCGCUUCCAUCCAGGUUGCCUUGGUCGAUCUUCUCAAAUUGCUCGGAGUCAGACCAGAUGGUAUAUUAGGUCACUCUGUC